GUGAACUCCGUCUGUAGGCACACUCACAGCUGAAUGAAGUUCCCUCCAUUAAGGGUUAAGGGUAUAAAUACAGCGGCAAGCUUUGGGACGGCCUCCCCUCUCUCCGCAGGAAACGGAAACGGACGUCAUGGUGUCCAACUCACAUCUCCAUCUGUCGGCUGCAUUGACCUGCGUUGCUAUCCGUCGCCUGUUAGCGGGUGCAAUGGCAAGAUCCAACAGAAGGCGCAGAAGGUUGAGGCGCAUUUUAGCGAUGUGCCAGUGGCAGGGGGGCAAAGGUCUUUACAUGCAGCUCAAUGCCACUGCCCCAAUUCUCGCCGUGUAUGCCAACCCUGAAGCCUGUCUAAAGAAGGACUUUAGAGUUAAGCGAUCUAGUGUGGUGUAUUUAGUGCAGAUGCUUUCCUCCCCAAAGGACCACGGAUGGGGACAAGACAUCGAGGUGCUUGUUCUCCUCUACAGCUUGGCCCAUGGACUAUCACUCUCUGUGGUGGGUUCAGCAUUCGGGAUUCCCAAAUCGACGGUCCACAGGAUCAUCAAACACGUCACCGGGAAGAUAAAGGCCAACCUGAAGACCCUCAUUUCCCUGCCAACCCCAGAUGAGCUGCCAGAGAUUGCAGAUGGCUUCUGUCAGCUUGCAAAGAGUCCUGCAUUUCACCGUGCUGCUGGUGCGAUUGAUGGAUGCCAUAUUCGCAUCAAACCUCCAGGAAACGAGUACCACAAGGAGUACAUCAAUUACAAUCUGUUUCCUUCCAUCCAGAUGCAGGCCAUCUGUGACUCAACUGGGAGAUUCCUGGAUGUCUUCAUCGGCUAUCCAGGCUCCGUUCAUGAUGCCAGAGUACUGCGAAACAGCCCCAUCUUCUGCCAGGCACUGUUUCCCCCAGCUGGUUGGUUCCUCUUUGGGGACGGUGGUUAUCCCUGCCUGGAAAAACCAGUGGGAUUACUCACACCCUACAAGGUCCCUCGCGGCCAGGUGCAGGCCAGAUUCAACAGGCAUCAUGCCAGGGCUCGGUCUGUGGUGGAAAGAGCAUUUGGAAGGAUGAAGGCUCGCUGGAGGGCCACCCUUUUCAAAGCGCUGGAGAUGGGGACCAGAGUCUUCCCCCUGCCGCAGCAUGUGGACAAGAAAGUCCUGGACACCACCUAA